UCGUACAGUCUGUGUAGCUCCCAAAGCUUUAUAUUGGAUGUGCUUCAACUUCUUGGUUUAGUACCUAAAAUCUGCAUUAUACAGACGAUAAUUUACAUGCCUUUCUCUGUGUUGGGAAAUGACUGUUCUACUUUCUGACACUGGACUCGGGACCUACUGCAGCUCUGUGAUUGCUGAUCCAUGCUUGACUGCCUCAAAGGGUCCUGGCAAGAUGGCAUCUUCCAGACUUCCCAUUCUUCUAGCAUUGGCAUUUUCCUCUUUGUCCUUUGUUCUUUCCCAUUCAAACAGGGAGAUGUGGUUUCAGGAUUUCUUUCCACCUAACACGUGCCCUAUAAAUGCCAAAGCAAAUACUUUUUAUGGCAUAAUGUUUGAUGCAGGAAGCACUGGAACCCGGAUUCACAUUUACACCUUUGUGCAGAAGAGCCCAGAAAACCUUCCAGAGUUGGAAGGGGAAAUCUUUGAGUCUGUGAAGCCCGGUCUUUCUGCGUAUGCUGAUCAGCCUGAAAAGGGUGCUGAAACUGUCAAAAGAUUGCUGGACAUGGCCAUAGAUGCUGUGCCACCUCAGCUCUGGAAGAAGACCCCAGUAGUGUUAAAAGCUACAGCUGGACUGCGCUUGCUAUCGGAGGAGAAAGCUCAGGCUCUGCUUUUAGAGGUGAGAGAAGUCUUUGAGGAAUCACCAUUUCUUGUUCCAGAGGACAGUGUUAGCAUCAUGGAUGGAUCUUAUGAAGGAAUUUUAGCCUGGAUCACUGUGAACUUUUUGACAGGGCAGCUGUCUGGCCAGAACCAGCGUACUGUUGGGACUCUGGACUUGGGAGGAGCCUCAACCCAAAUCACAUUCCUGCCACGGUUUGAGGCAACUUUGAAGGAAACCCCUGGGGAUUUUCUUACCUCAUUUGAAAUGUUUAAUAGCACCUACAAGCUCUAUACCCACAGCUAUUUGGGGUUUGGACUAAAAGCUGCCAGACUAGCAACGCUUGGAGCUUUGAAUAUGGAGGCUGUGGAUGGACAAAUGUUCCGCAGUUCUUGUUUGCCAAAGCAGCUGGAGGCAGAGUGGCACUUCGGGGGAGUGAAAUACCGGUAUGGUGGCAACAAAGAAGGAGAAACAGGAUUCAAGCCUUGCUACUUGGAAGUACUCAAGGUUGUCAAAGGGAAACUGCACCAACCAGAUGAGAUUCGUGGAAGUUCUUUCUAUGCUUUCUCCUAUUACUAUGAUCGUGCAGUUGACACCAACCUAAUUGAUUAUGAACAAGGAGGUGUUCUGGAAGUGAAAGAUUUUGAAAGAAAAGCCAAAGAAGUCUGUGAUAACAUGGAGAGGUACAAGUCAGCCAGUCCUUUCCUCUGCAUGGAUCUCACUUAUAUCACUGCUUUACUAAAGGAAGGUUUUGGCUUUAGGGACAACACACUCUUACAGUUAACAAAGAAAGUGAACAACAUAGAGACAAGCUGGACUUUGGGUGCUACUUUUCACCUACUGCAAUCUCUGGGGAUAACUUAUUGAGCUGUGACAUUCCUGUGGACUUCAGUAUUUCUGAGAAGCUGAGAAAGGAAAUUGAAAUCUCCAGGUACGUUGUUCAGCUGGGGUUUGUCACAGAGCAGAGCAAGGACCAAAGCAAUAGAACAGAUCUUCACCCGGGACUGCCAUCGUGCAUAAUGAGAGUGGCCACAGUAUGAUUUGUAAUUGUGAUUGAUUGCCAUAAAUGAUCCAGAAGCUGCCUUCUGAAAGUCACAAGACCUAAACUCCAGCGGAGUAUCUGCAAGGGGCUCAAAGCCAGCUUUCACCAGCACAUUUGUAACAAGUAGCAUAGAGUACCUGGUAUGUGGUUGUAGACUACAGACAUGUGAUUUCCCCUCCCCUUUUAUUUUAAACGUACA